CCUGUCCACCCCAGGCGAACCGAGCUCUUCCGGCUGGGUCUCCCCCAUUUGGGCCGACUUUGCGCCUCCAAACAACCUUAGCAUGAUGUCUUAUCUUAAGCAACCACCUUACGCAGUCAAUGGGCUGAGUCUGACCACUUCGGGUAUGGACUUGCUGCACCCCUCCGUGGGCUACCCCGGGCCCUGGGCUUCUUGUCCCGCAGCCACCCCUCGGAAACAGCGGCGGGAGAGGACGACGUUCACCCGAGCUCAGCUAGACGUACUGGAAGCGCUGUUUGCCAAGACCCGGUACCCAGACAUCUUCAUGCGGGAAGAAGUGGCGCUGAAAAUCAACUUGCCUGAAUCCAGGGUGCAGGUAUGGUUUAAGAAUCGAAGAGCAAAGUGCCGCCAACAGCAGCAGCAACAACAGAAUGGAGGUCAAAAUAAAGUGAGACCUGCCAAAAAGAAGACAUCUCCAGCUCGGGAAGUGAGUUCAGAGAGUGGAACAAGUGGCCAGUUCACUCCCCCCUCUAGCACCUCAGUCCCUACCAUUGCCAGCAGCAGUGCUCCAGUGUCUAUCUGGAGCCCAGCUUCCAUCUCCCCACUGUCAGAUCCCUUGUCCACCUCCUCUUCCUGCAUGCAGAGGUCCUAUCCCAUGACCUAUACUCAGGCUUCAGGUUAUAGUCAAGGAUAUGCUGGCUCAACUUCCUACUUUGGGGGCAUGGACUGUGGAUCUUAUUUGACCCCUAUGCAUCACCAGCUUCCUGGACCAGGGGCCACACUGAGUCCCAUGGGUACCAAUGCAGUUACCAGCCAUCUCAAUCAGUCCCCAGCUUCUCUUUCCACCCAGGGAUAUGGAGCUUCAAGCUUGGGUUUUAACUCAACCACUGAUUGCUUGGAUUAUAAGGACCAAACUGCCUCCUGGAAGCUUAACUUCAAUGCUGACUGCUUGGAUUAUAAAGAUCAGACAUCCUCAUGGAAAUUCCAGGUUUUGUGA